AAAUGUAAUCUGUGAAAAGUAUGGUUUGUUUGUGUAGAGUAAGAAGAGGAGAGAAGAGAAGAGAAGCAGAGGAAAGAGAAGAAUGGUGGAAUCGGUAGCAGUAAACGACUGGGAACUCACCUUAAAGCCUUUCUAUCAGAGAGCUUCUCAAGCCGAGGAUCGCAUAUCAAGACUUGAAGCUGCUAUCCAUAGUAGAAAAGAUACUGAGAAUGAGGAACAGUUACAAAAGGUUAAUGAUCUUCAGUCAAAGCUAGAAGUAGCGAACUCUGAGUUAAAAUCAGAAAAAGAAAAGGCUCAGAUGCUUGCUACAGAAAAUGAAAAACUUCAAUACCGUAUAAUUCAUCUUCUGCGAUCACUUAAGAAUGCUGAGCUGAAGUUAGAGCAAGUUACAGCGCGGGAGCAGCUGGAGAGCUUGAAAUUGCAGGAUUCUUGAACUUAUGCGCUGAAAUAGGCUGUUGCUCUUUUCUAUUUUCUUUUUUUGGUUAAUGUGUACUCUAUCUUACUGGUUUUACAACAUUGCAAUUGAGAUUUUUGUUUUUCUCAUACAUUACUUAUAAUAGACAUUAGAAUUUCCUCAUA